AUGGCAAACCCGUUCAUACAACGAGAAGUGAAUGAUUUAAAGAUGCAGCUGUCUAGAAAGAUUAGAGAAAUGGUGGAAGAAGGAAGGGAUGGCAUAAGCCCAAAAACCAAUGAGCAUGGUAAAUAUAUAACCAGACUAUUUGUUGCCAUUAAAGACUUUUUCUUAACACUAUGGCACAUGCUCAAGUAUGUUUUCUGCUGUUCAGAUGCUUCUGUGUAUACACAGGACAUGAAGAAUCUUAGCAUCAUUAUAGAGCAAGCUGCUCAAAUUAAAGGGAAUCCAGAUAAUAGAGACAGUCGUUCUGAUGAAGCACACACUGAUGAACUAGACCAAAAUAUACCUACUCAUGUAGACGGAAAAGCCAAAUUUAAAGAGAUUUCAGCGCAUUCAGUGAAACUUAACAUGAACAAAGCAGCAGAGCAGCUCAAAAAAGGAAUCAAGUCUCCUGUGACUCCCAAUAGAAAAAGGUAUAUUGUCAUAGCAGUGAUAUUAUUAAUUGCUAACGGAAUAGUCUUAUAUGCAUGGAUUAGCAUGAUAUAUAACACCUUGUUUAACUAUACACCAGAGAAGAUACAAAUUGAUAAAAGCAUCAUUAAUGAAAGUAAAGCCCACGAAGAGACCAUUAGAAGAUACAAUAUUCUAUAUGGAAAUGAUCCUGUGGCAGCAAAGGAAAUUGCAGACUCCUACAAAGGAGCUAUAGCAUAA